UACAAGCUUGGCUGAUGGAGACCUCCCCCAGCUUACCUAAAGACGCAGAGCUUUAUAGAUGAAGAAUUAUGGAAAAAUCUAGAGCUAUUUCCAAAAUCCAAGUCCUGAGCCAUGUAUCCAACGGCCCUGUGAGUGCAGUCAUAUUUUGAUGCCCUGAGGAUUUUCACUUCACUUGUGGAAAGAAAUGCAAAUGCUACUUCAUAUGCGCCUCCCCGCAUCUUGUUCCACAGUUCCAUUUGUAAAAGAGCUAUCCUGGAGCAAAAUUAAGGACAUUCUCCAAAAUGUUUAAAGUGACGGAAAAUUGCCUCGAAUCUGGAUCUGUGUGCUUACAAAUAGCUGUGAAGAGGACUCUUCUGUUGAUGGGAGAUAUUUUUCUUUAGAUGUAAGAAAUAUUCUGAGCCGCAGGCCUAGAAAAGAGACCAACAGCAGGUCUGCAUCCAGAAUGCUGCCCCUUCAAAAGCCAUGCCACUACAAGAACCUUGGCAACCACGAGGCUUCAUUCUGAGAAGACCCACCCAAUCCUCACGCAUCUCACUUGCGCAGACAACGCCUGAGAGGAGCCUGCUAUUUUAAAUUUUAUUUUAAAUGGAGAACACGAAAGACGCUGGCGCAGGGGGAAAUCCCUCCGUAGAAGCAGCCAAGGCCUCGCCCGGUCGGGUGGAUCUCAUUGCUCUCCGACUCCGUCGCGCAGCUGAGGAGCAGGGUCCACCGGGCGGACAGACACAGUUUCGGCGGCGUGUGAGGCUUGCAGACCCUCCCAGCGGCCGAGCAGGCGCAGGCCUGGUCCGGGCGCGGACGCGCGGCUGCAGAGCUUCCGCGGGCGCGCAGAGAGCGGGGCGCCCCCCGGGACCCGGGCGCGGCCCCAAGUCCUCGAGCUCCGCAGGAACCCCGCACCGACCUUCAAUGGAGGCCCCGACCCUCCGGGGGCAGGCCUGGCUCCGACGGCUGCAGCCGCGGCUCGGCGGCCCAGCGGCGGAGGUCGCGGCGGGGGAGCCCGAGGCCGCGCCGGCGGGCGCUGCAGGCCCGCGACACCCCGAGGCUGCCGCUGACGUCACCGCGGGCCCAGCGCUGCCCGGGAAGGUGUCGUGCCCGAGCCCUUCUCCGCCACACCCUCGCUGCUCAGGAGGGCAGUCGGGUUUACUCUCUCCUGCUCUUAAUUCUUGGCAGCAUGGAAGGUGGUUUGCAACGGGAAAUAAAACUUGACAGCAGCAUUUUCUCUAAGAGGGGUUUGGAGACGAGCUGAAAAGAAACCGUGUUUUUCUCUAUCAAAGACUUCCGC